AUGAAUAAAUCCUUUCCAAUCAUUGAGCUCUUACCCGAUUUGUUGGCUCUGAUAAGCAGGCGACUGGAUCUGAUUGAAGAUUUUGUAGCCUUCCGGGGCGUUUGCACCUCAUGGCGUGUGGCUGCAAGGAAGCAAAUUUUUCAUCAACUCGUGCCUACCGUUCCUUUGCUCAUGCUAGCAGAGAAGGAAGACAGGGAUGAAUGGGAAUUCUACAGUCUCUCCAGGUGUAAGAUUUGGAGGAAUUUGUCAGUCCCCAAAACAAAGAACAAAAAAUGCAUGGAAUCGCGAGGAUGGCUGAUCACCGUCGGGAUUGCAGGAGAGAUGAAUCUGUUGCACCCUUUUUCCGUUUUAUCGGCGUCACCUCCUUCUUCUCCGGACAAGUGGCUGGACUUUGUUCUCAUGGUUGUGUACAACGGCGGUGCUUAUCUGGAGUUUUGGAGAUCAGGGGACAAGUCCUGGACAGGUGUUGAAAAGCAGGAUGGGGGUGCCUUCAGCGAUGUGAAUUUUUACUAUGGAAAAUUCUAUGCAAUUGCUCAUAAUGGCCAUAUCUAUAUUUUUUGGGAACCCUAUCUGGUGGAAAUGCCGGGUGACUUAGUAGUAGUUGCCCGAGAUGGUACUUCUUUAGAUGACGAUGAUAAUUACCGGGCUACUGAUUUUCUAGUCAUCCAGCUGGAUCUAACCAAUCGCAAAUGGAACGAGAUAACGAGUUUGGGGGAUAGGUCCAUUUUUCUUGGGUACAAUGCAGCUUUUUCGGUUGAAGCCGCUGGAUUUCCUGGUAUAAUCAGGCCUAGCUGUAUAUACUUCACAGACGAUUGUAUUGAAAGCUACCAUUGUAGUGAACAAGAAGGUGGCAAGGAUAUGGGCAUCUACAAUCUUGAAAAUGGCAAAAUUGAGCGGUUUGAUGAUAUCCAGUCUUUUAGCUCAAUAAGUCCGCCUGUUUGGGUUGCUCUUUCUUUCUAA